AAAUGUUUUGACAUUCAAUCGAUUGAUUGAUUGAUUGAAUUGAAGUAUACAUUGAUUGUCGACAACAACACAAAUGACACCAAAACUCAUACCAUUUCUUAAGUAAUCAUCAAAAAGAUAGACAAAACACAAACAUUUUACAGACUUUGGCCUCAAUUACAUCGAUUGACGGUCGCGAUGGCCAUCACUUCUAAUGUCUUACUAUUGUCACAAUCGGCUGUAUAUACGGUGACCGCAACUGUAUCUCUAUGUGUGUGGAUUCCGAUGAGUCUUCAUGUCUACAAUUUUUGCGGACAUUGUUCGUUGUUUACCGACGGCCAGUUCAUUGAAGAGGACGGCAGAUUUGAGGCUAACUGGGCGUCGACGGCGUACUGCGGCUUCACUUUGGCCGUCGGACUCAUCGCCUUUAUGAUGGCUUUCUUUCAGAUGAUACGCAAGUUUAUGAAGCUUUACAAAGGCGUCGACAGCACUUUUCUGUCAGCGUUUGUGGAGACCAUUAGUGCCCUCACAAUGACUGUCAUUGUGUUGGCCGACGCUGUGAUCGUCACAAAAGGAUUUUCAGUUUGGUGUCAAUCACUGAUUCAAAGGUUUGAUUCAUGUGAGACGGCCUCAGGUGUUAUGGUGAUCGGCAAGGAUACAGGUAUUGAACCGAAGGGAUUUUUCGUGCAAUUGGGAUCAGUUCAGUUUGGUAUAUGGACUUUAUUAGUGUGUUGGGUGCUUGCGGUUGUGUUGGCCACCCGUAAAGUUAUGAUAUAUCACGAAAAGGAGAAUAUGAUUGUCAGUAUGACUCGUGAACGCCAGCGACACAUCGGUUCAGAUUAUAUGCCAGUCCGGAGCUGAUGUCUUCAUGUCAUACAUUUCACUGCUUUCUGACAUCUCGUCAAUCAUUGUCUUCGUUAAGAAUACACUGAUUUAAGUUUUUUUGUUGAUUUUAGUGUAUAUUAAAUUUAUUGGAUUAUUAUUAUUAWUAAUAUGUAAAUAU